AUGCCAUUCUCCCUUCCUUAUUAUCGGGAUGCUGGUCAAUUACCAGGGCCUCUUCCUGAUCAAGAUGAAAUCGAACAGGCAACACGAACCCUCCCCAAGCGCCCGGAUUUUGGUGGGCGCAUGGUUGUGAUUAGAGACAAAUAUGUUGUGAAAUAUGGCCCACUAGUGACUGACAAUGAGGGACAUGCUCUGCUUUUUGUUGAACAGCGGCUCGGCAUCCCAGUACCACGACUCUACGCUAUGUACCGCGAUCAGGACACCCUGUAUAUCGUUAUGGAAUACAUCCCCGGCAUUUCUUUAGGGACGGCGUGGCCUUUGCUCACUGAGGCAAAUAAGAAGUCGAUUGUUGGACAGUUGCGAUGCAUCUUCGACCAAAUGAGAGCGCUGCCAUCGCCCGGAUUUUAUGGCAGUGUUAACGGAGGACCCAUUCCCCAUAGGGAGAAUGUUCUUAUUAGAAAGGUUAUUAACUCUGUCACAAAUGAAGAAGAGUAUGAGAUAGCUGCUCUUGUGGACUGGGAAACGGCUGGAUGGUAUCCUUCACAUUGGGAAUACGCUCAUAUCUUCCCUCUAUUGCAGUGGAUUGACGACUGGCCGGAAUAUGUUGAGAAGAUUCUUGAUCCCUUCCCGCUAGAGGGCGCCAUGAUGCGGGUUGUCUUCAAUGAUCUGGAGUUCUAA